UUUGAUAAUGACCCUAAAUUCGACAUCACAAUCAAACUUACAAAAUGCAAACUUUAGUAACCAUAUACACAGACCUCUUGAGUAACCAUGAAUUAGGCAUGGAGAAAGUGAAGGUGUAGAGCCCUGAUGAUGAAAAGAAGUGUAAAUGUAACUCUUUCAAGCAUAAGGCAAUUAGUGCCUCAAAAAGGGAAGGAAGAAUAGUAGAGUCAUGUAUGUUGUUGUUGAAGAUGUUCAUGAUGCAGAGGAAAUAAAGGUAUUCGACGCUUUACGUCAAGCUUUGAUAUCAGAAGAAUUAUUACCUUUAAACCAUGAUGAAUACCAUAUGAUGUUAAGAUUCUUGAAGGCCGGCAAAUUUGAUAUUAGAAAACCAAGCAAAUGUGGGCUGAUAUGCUCCAAUGGAGGAAGGAAUUUGGUGCAGAUACCAUCAUGGAGGAUUUUGAAUUUAAAGAGAAGGAAAAUGUUCUUGAAUACUAUCCUCAAGGGCAUCAUGGGGUUGAUAAAGAUGGAAGACCUAUUUGUAUCGAGAGAAUUGGUCAAGUUGAUGCUACAAAGCUUUUUACAAGCCACAACACUGGAACGUUAUAUAAAAUACCAUGUUAUGGAGUUUGAAAGAACCACUCAUAAGUUCCCCGCCUGCUCAAUUGCUGCUAAAAAACACAUCGAUCAAAGCACCACCAUUCUUGAUGUUCAAGGAAUCGGACUAAAAAACAUGAGCAAAGCUGCUAGGGAACUUAUCCAAAGUCUCCAGAGCAUUGAUGGAAGCAACUAUCCGGAGACUCUAUCUCGCAUGUACAUAAUCAACGCGGGGUCUGGCUUUAGGCUCUUGUGGAACACACUCAAAUCCUUCCUUGACCCCAAAACUACAGCCAAGAUUCAUGUUAUAAUGGGCCACAAAUACCAGAGCAAGCUCCUGGAAAUCAUUGAUGCCAGUGAACUUCCGGAUUUUUUGGGCGGUAGUUGCAGUUGUGAAGAUAAAGGCGGUUGCAUGCGAUCUGAUAAAGGUCCAUGGCAAGAUCCAGAUAUCAUGAAGAUGGGUUCUAAUGGUGAACACAAAUGUUCCAAGUAUGCAGUUGUAGAAGCGAAGAUCAUUUCUGAGGAUCAGUCUACUCACAUCAAGCCCUCACAACUUCCUCCAGUUCAUGAAGAAGAUUGUAUAAGGAAUGGAAGGGUGAGCAAAGAUUGUAAACCAGAGUAA